AUUUCUUGGGCCACUAAAACAAAUCUCUCCUCAAAGUCAUCUACCUUUUAAAUCUUUCUGUGCCAUUCUUUUCUCUCUCACCUGUUGGUCUCUUCUUCUGCUAUAUACCUUCUCUUCCUUCCUCGGACUUCUCCGUCUACCCUUCCUUUUUGUUCCUCCUUUUUUUUUUCUCUUUUUGCAGUUAGGGACUAAAGGGUUCUUUGAUUUCAACUGAAGAUGAUGAUAGGAUGAUUGAUGAAUCUCCUUUCCGUUUCUUUACUAAUCUUAGUGGCUCCAAAGGAAUUUUUUUUCCUUUGUUCUCUUUCUGACAUUAAUAUCCUUGCUCAAAUUUGAAAGCAAGUAAACAUUUGAGAGAUAGUAAAGUUGUGAGUAAAGUUGGAAGAAUGGCUGCGCCGCCUAGUAGCAGGCUUCAGAAUAUGUUGCAGGAGGCGGUGCAAUCAGUUCAAUGGACGUACAGUCUUUUCUGGCAAAUUUGUCCACAACAAGGGAUCUUAAUAUGGUCAGACGGAUACUACAAUGGUGCAAUUAAGACUAGAAAGACAGUACAACCUAUGGAGGUUAGUGCCGAGGAGGCAUCUUUGCAAAGGAGCCAGCAGCUUAGAGAGCUCUAUGAGUCAUUGUCUGCAGGAGAGACGAACCAGCCAGCCCGGCGACCUUGUGCAGCGCUGUCACCGGAGGACUUAACCGAGUCCGAGUGGUUCUAUUUGAUGUGUGUCUCCUUCUCUUUUCCUCCCGGAGUAGGGUUACCAGGGAAGGCAUAUGCAAGGAGGCAGCAUGUAUGGCUUACAGGUGCAAAUGAGGUUGACAGCAAAACCUUUUCAAGAGCUAUUCUUGCCAAGAGUGCUCGCAUACAGACUGUGCUUUGUAUUCCUCUUCUUGAUGGAGUCGUUGAACUCGGCAGUACAGAAAAGGUCCAAGAGGAUCUAGGGAUGGUCCAACAUGUCAAAACCUUCUUCACUGAUAGUCACAACCAAAAUCCUCCCCCGCCAAAACCUGCUCUCUCCGAACACUCUACUUCCAACCCCGCCACCUCCUCGGACCACACCCGCUUCCGCUCUCCUUCCAUUCCUCCCAUGUACGCCGCGGCAGACCCUCCAGUAAACGCUAACCAAGAGGACGAUGAUGAUGAAGAUGAAGAAGAAGAAGAAGAAGAAGAAGAAGACGACGAAGAAGAACCCGAAUCAGACUCCGCCGAAACGGGUCAAAACAGCCGCCAAGUCCCCGCACAAGACACUCAAGCAGUAGCAGCCGCAGCGGAGCCAAGCGAGCUAAUGCAGUUGGAAAUGUCUGAAGAUAUCAGGCUAGGGUCCCCAGACGACGCAUCAAAUAACUUGGACUCAGAUUUCCAUAUGCUAGCCGUGAGUCAAACCGGGAACCCAGCGGACCAGCAGAGGCGAGCCGAGUCGAGUAGGAAGUGGGCAAUGCUACAGGAACCAACGGGGAGUAGCCUUCAACCACCAUGUUCAGGGCCCCUUCCAUUGGAUGAACUGUCUCAAGAAGACACCCACUAUUCUCAGACUGUCUCCACCAUCCUCCAAAACCAACCCUCUCGUUGGGCCGACUCAUCGUCAACAGGGUACCCCACCUACUCCGCCCACUCAGCAUUUGCCAAGUGGACAACCCGUUCGGACCACCACGUCCACGUGGCAGUCGAAGGCACGUCCCAGUGGCUCCUCAAGUACAUUCUAUUUAGCGUGCCAUUCCUCCAUAGCAAAUACCGCGACGAGAACUCCCCAAAGUCACGUGACUCCGACGCCGCCGCUCGGUUCCGCAAGGGAACCCCUCAGGACGAGCUCAGCGCCAACCACGUGCUCGCAGAACGGCGACGACGCGAGAAGCUCAAUGAGCGGUUCAUUAUAUUAAGAUCCUUGGUUCCGUUCGUUACUAAAAUGGAUAAAGCUUCCAUACUCGGGGACACCAUAGAGUACGUGAAACAGUUGCGUAAAAAGAUUCAAGAACUGGAGACACAUAACAGGCAAAUGGAAGCUGAUAAACAACGAUCGAGAUCAGAGGAUUCACCGCAGAGAACGAGCAGUUUCAAAGAUCAGAGAAGUGGGGUGACGGUAUCAGAGCGGGCGCGAUCGGUGGGCCCGGGGACAGGGUCGGACAAAAGGAAGAUGAGGAUAGUGGAAGGGAGCGGCGGUGGAGCGAAGCCGAGGACCGUGGAGUUGUCGCAGGCGAUGGAAGAGACGUCGGUGGAGGUGUCAAUAAUAGAAAGCGACGCGUUGUUGGAGUUGCAAUGCGCGUAUAAGGAAGGGCUGUUGCUUGAUAUAAUGCAGAUGUUGAGGGAACAGCUCCGGAUAGAGAUAACGGCGGUUCAGUCUUCUUUGAAUAAUGGGGUGUUUGCAGCGGAGUUGAGAGCCAAGGUGAAGGAUAAUGUCAACGGGAAGAAGGUGAGCAUAACGGAGGUGAAGAGGGCAAUAAAUCAAAUAAUACCUCAAUGCUAAGUUUUUGAAUGUAGAUUAUUUAACCGAAAACUGACUUUUUAGUUAACAGUGUACAAUUUUUUGUUUUCGAGGAGGGUGAUGCGGUCAUUUCUUAACUGUAAUAACCUCUAAUGUAACAUAAAAUGAAAUGAAAUGAAAUGAACGGAGACAUGAUGUACCAAUUCCAAGUUGCUCUC